UGCUGUGCUGUGGGGAAGGGAGACGGAUUUGUAAACCUCGGAGCGAGGUUCUGCAUACCCGAGGCCGCUGCUGUGCGGAGACCCCAGGGGAAACCACCGUCACCAUGUCUGACCAGGAGGCAAAACCUUCAACUGAGGACUUGGGGGAUAAGAAGGAAGGAGACUAUGUUAAACUCAAAGUCAUCGGACAGGAUAGCAGUGAGAUUCACUUCAAAGUGAAAAUGACAACACAUCUCAAGAAACUCAAAGAAUCAUACUGUCAAAGACAGGGAGUUCCCAUGAAUUCACUCAGGUUUCUCUUUGAAGGUCAGAGAAUUGCUGAUAAUCACACUCCAAAAGAAUUGGGAAUGGAGGAAGAAGAUGUGAUUGAAGUUUAUCAGGAACAAACAGGGGGUCGUUCAACAACUCAGAUAUUUUUAUUUUUUUUCUUUUCCCUUAAUCCUUUUUUAUUUUUUAAAAUAGUUCUUUUGUAAUGUGGUGUUCAAAACAGAAUUGAAAACUGGCAUCCCAUCUCUUUAGAACAUCUGGUAAUUUGAAUUCUAGUGCUCAUUUUUCAUUAUUGUUUGUUUUCAUUGUGCUGAUUUUUGGUGAUCAAACCUCAGCCCCAUUCAUAUCACCCUCUCCUUUUUAAAAAUUACGUGUGUGCACAGAAAGCCCGCCUUUUCCAGGACUGUGCAUUUAUAGGCUUGUGAUAAAUAAGAUUGACUAAUGUGAGUGUUCAU